AUAUGUCCAGUGCUCGUCAAUGAACUAGAAAUAUGACGGAGCUGAAAUUAGGAUAAAGACUGUCGAACGGCUGCAUUAAAGCGUAAAAUAAAGUGGCAUGUAUCGUCGAUAAUUGUACAUAGUACGUAACGAAAAUGAAGAUUUUAAUCACCCUCUGCAUUGCCUCUCUCUUCUUCUCCUUCAAUUACUUAAAGGUGCAUGGGAAUACAACCGAGAAGUUGAAUGAAGUACCAAGCGAUGAUAAUUUGCAGAGGACUGAUAAUCCAGAGAAUCUCGAUAAUGAAGACGUCCCUAUUGGAAUCGCUCGUGGCAAUAUUGAGCGAAAGCAGUCAGAAGAUGAUACUACUUUGUCAAUAUCAUCGGAAGAAGAUUUCUCCAACGAAAUAGCAAAAAUGAAGAAAGAUGAUAUUUUGGAAUUCAUACAAAAAUACAAUUCGUCAUUUGGAGAAGAAGAUCAGACGAAAGCUUCCGGCAGGUUUUUUUUGCCAACUGGUAAAAUGACCAAGUUUAACAAAUGGAUACUGGAAAAAAAGAAUCAGUUUUUCCCACAACGUCCCGCGGCUCCACCUGCUCCACCUCCACCACCUCCAUCAACUCCUCCAGCUCCAUCUCCAAAGCCACGUCCAGCACCUCCACCACCUCCACCAGCUCCAUCUCCAAAGCCACGUCCAGCACGUCCACCACCUCCACCAGCUCCAUCUCUGAAGCCACGUCCAGCACCUCCACCACCUCCACCUCCAAAGCCACGUCCAGCACCUCCAUUACCUAAGCCAGAUACUGUCCCUUCUCCACCAAUCACUCCUUCUCGACCAAAGUUAAAUCCUGCACCAGAUUUUGAAAAAUCUCUAGUGAGGCCACCACCAAUCUGGUUACUUUCUACACCACUUAAACCCAAUCCUCACCCGGCGCCAUUUCCUCAACAGACACUAACUCCUCGACCGAAAUAUCGACCGAUACCACCCCCCCGACCAAAAUCACCCACCAGACCAAUGCCACCCCAUGGACCAAUGCUACCCGCCCGACCAAUACCACCCCCUCGACCAAUUCCACCCGCCCGACCAAUACCACCCCUUUGGGCAAUACCAACCCCUCAAACAAUACCACCCCACCGAUCAAUACCAACUCCCAGACCAACGCCACCCCCCUGGCCGAUGCCACCCCACCGACCAACACCACCCCCUCGGCCAAUGUCACCCUCUCGACCAAUACCACCCCUCCUACCAAUACCACCCCAACAACGAAUACCAACCCCUCGCCCAAAACCACCCUUCCAAAAAACACCAACCCUCCGACCAACACCAAUCCCACCUUCGCGACCAUUACCAAUACCUUAUCCGCUAGAAAUUCCUCGACCAUUACCUCCUCUUGAAAUAAUUUUUACUCCUCAAUCAAAACCAUGCUACCAAUCAAAUCGCCCCACAACGUCACCUUUAUUGCCUUUGUUAAAUCUUCCGAUACGUUAUCCCGAUUCCUCCCCAAUGUUAGGACCAAUGUUUCAAUUACUGGGAAGUCCGUCAAAGCCCAUUCCCUCGUCACUCGGUAUUCGCCGUCCACCAGGGGCAGGUCAUCCUCCAUGCAUGCCUAGACCAAAAGAAAGUACAUACCCCCCAAUGAAAUCUGGCCCUCCAUCGAACUAUUUGAUCAACUAUUCGAAAAAUGCCAACUAUAUUCCGUGGCCAUCAAGCCCGAAUAUCCCUGCACGUGUUCCAAUGACGUUUGGAGCAUACACGUGGACGGUACCACCGUCCUUGCUACCUACAUCAACUUUUAACACUAUUAAAUGUAGAUAUCAAAAGCCAAUGUCGAAAUAUCCCGGCAGGACCGAUAGAAAAAGUACCAAGGAGGAUAACCCAUUAAGAUUCACCGACACGUAUGAAACAGAGUGGAGGAUUUUAAACCACGAGAGUACUUCCGGUGACACGGAUUACGAGACGCGGAUUAUACAUGGCCGGAGACCUGGAGAAUAUGAGACUGUUAAUUGCGAAGUAAAUAACCCACCUUAUUGUUUCAGAAGUGGAAGCUUCUUAAAUACCGCUGAUAAUGCAGAUUAUGAUACUGACGGAACAGCAGCGCGUAAAGUGGAGGGUGGUAUUAUCGAUGCCGAGGUUGAUAACGAGAUAAUUGGCGCGAGGAAUAAUAUUCAAUUUCAAGAUGAAAGUAAUCCGGAAAAUGGCGGACCUUAUGAAGAUCCUUUAGGAGGUUCACCGGAUUUGUUACGUAAUCAGGGUUACAAAAUAAAAUACGAAGACGAGAACGACGAGCCACGAUGUGUAGAUGAGGAUUUUGGUGAUGAUUAUAGAUAUGAUAAAAAUGGAGCUUUCGUUGUCAUUGUCUUAGGGCCUUUCGAUAACCAAUUACGGCUAACUCAGUCGAACAAUGUUUUAGACGGUGUAAACAAUAUCCAGGAAUAUGAUAGAGGUUGUAAUGUAAACUACCGAGUGGAAACCAGAAAGCUUUUGAAAGAGCCUGUUGAUGUAGAGAAAACGAAGCUUUUGUUGCAGAACGAACAAAUGGAGAUUUCAAUGCAAGGGGAGGGAAAGGGUGACUCGGAUGAGGAAGAUUUGCCGAAAAAUGGAGAAAUGAGUCGAACCAUCGAAGGGAGGCACGGAUCACCGAUCGAAGAUGAAAGUAUGGCCAAAUUGUCCGCAAAUCGGGCCGAAUUUGUAAAUGAAAAUGGGAAAGUAAUCGCUAAGCCUAUCAGUGUAUUGGUGCGCAGAUAUAUGGAAAUGGGCGAUCGUGAAAUAAGAAGAAAUAGACUGCAGCUGGGAGAUGUAGAUCGGAAUUAUGAAAAGUCUAUACAAGGUAUAACGAACGUUCAAAGUGAGGAUACUUCUGAUAACCGAUAUCAAUAUACAUUAUAUGAUGGGACACAAGGGUCCCACAAAAAUGAUGUCGAAAGGUCCACGAGUGCCGAAACGGGAUUGAAAAAAUCUAUCCAACUGGAAAUGUCUAUCCAUGAUAAAACGAACGUCCAACGUGAUAACUCUGAUAACCGAUAUAAAUAUACAUUACAUGAUGGAACACAAGGGUCCCACAAAAAUGAUGUCGAAAGGUCCACGAGUGCUGAGACGAGAUUGAAAAAAUCUAUCCAACUGGAAAAGUCUAUCCAAGAUAAAACGAACGUCCAAAGUGAUAACUCUGAUAACCGAUACCAAUCUACAUUACAUGAUGGGACACAAGGGUCCCACAAAAAUGAUGUCGAAAGGUCCACGAGUGCCGAAACAAGAUUGGAAAAAUCUAUCCAACUGGAAAAGUCUAUCCAAGAUAAAACGAACAUCCAAAGUGAUAACUCUGAUAACCGAUAUCAGUAUACAUUACAUGAUGGGACACAAGGGUUCCCCAGGGAUGAUGUCGAAAGGUCCACGAGUACCGAAACAAGACUGGAAAAAUCUAUCCAACUGGAAAAGUCUAUCCAAGAUAAAACGAACAUCCAAAGUGAUAACUCUGAUAACCGAUAUCAAUAUACAUUACAUGAUGGGACACAAGGGUCCCACAAAAAUGAUGUUCAAAGGUCCACGAGUGCCCAAACAAGACUGGAAAAACCGCAAAGAGAGGUGAAAUCGAUGAACAAUGAACUCGUCGAUGAACGAACAGUUGAAAGCGAGAAAAACGAAGACCUUAGAAAAAAUGAGAGUGUGGAAAAUGAAGAAAUAUCGACCAAAUCUAACAGUUUGAGUGACACAACGCCAAACCAUUCUAAUACAUAUGAAGGGUCGAAAAAAUUGAAUAAAGCCAAUUUAAAAAGUCAAGUUAGAAGCGAUAUUAAUCAAAUGAAUCAAAUGAACGGGUUGGAAAUAGAAAAGGAGACAUCUACUGUAACCCCGAGCAUAAUCAUUGGAAAUAAUGACGAAAAUGAGACGAAGAACGAAUCAAGUGAAUCGAUUGAUAAGACAGAAAUGGUUGCCCAUUUAGGCAGAAUAUUGAAUGAUAACGUUCCGGAGGUAAAUGAAUUAUUCCCCGAUAAAUUGGAAAGGGUCGAGAAGAAAGCCGAAUUCAUAAAUGCAAUAUCACCGUUUCCGAUAACCGAGGAAGUUGAAAAUAAAGGUAAAAGAGUCGACGAUGAAAACGGAAUGAAAAGAGAAACCGAAAUUGAAAUUAAUCAUUUUAACGACCCUACAAUGGGAGAUUUAAACAAUGAUCUCGAAAAUGACAUUCGACAAAGUGGAAACGUGGAGAAAAGGACGGAAAAUUCUAACAGUGAGAGAACCGGGGAUAAGGAUAAAAUUAAAGACAACGAAGGAGCCAAUAAAAGAAAAACGAGAACGUUAUCUAGUCAACUAUUUGAAAUUGAUAAAAGCCCAGAGACGAGUGUCAGUGAAGAAGUAUUUAGAGAAAAUUCAGAAACGAUUACCGAACACUUUCCUGGGACAUUUGUUGGCGAUGCCAGAAAUCUCAAUGGAAAUAAAGAAAAAGAAAGUUUAUUGAUACCAACAAUGGGUGGUGGAUAUUUUGUCACGCCAAAUCCGUAUGUCAAAGCUGUGCCAGCAAUGUAUAAAAAUAAAACUCCGAGAAAUGAGAACUUUCAGGACGACCCCCAAGGUAGAAAUGACCCAGGUAAUUAUAACCGUAGAUUUAAUAAAUACAGGAAUUAUAAACAUAGAAUUAAUAACUCGGUCCAGGAAAAGGAAACCGCUAACGGCAAUAACGAAACCGAAGACACUCUCGAUGGAAAAGUUAAAUCAGGGACGUAUGUUAGAAUAUUCGAUAUCACGAAUUUCACGACAAAGAAAUACGAAGAGAGCGUUGCCCUCAGAAUGAUGGACCCCGUGAAAAUGGAAAAGGAGAGGACGGAAGAUCUUGCGUUUUUCCGAAAGUUACAACAAGAGGCAAGGAAGAACGAGCCUACUAAUCAGGAUAGUCCGGAGAUAACGGAUCGCUGGAAAGGUUAACACGAGCAGAUAACACAAGGGAGUAGAAACGAAGAAGAUUGAAGAUUUAUAUGAACAUAUACAAAUUAACUCGAGGGAAGGGAAAUGGAGAAAACGAAGGAGAGCAUAACGAUUUACGAAUUUUUCUCAAAUUUCUAUAGAUUACCUUCCUUACGAUCUUACGCAAAACGUGCCCUAAGUGUUAUUUAAAUCUGUAAUGUGUGGGUUCCAACUUAAUAUAGCUGUCUUGAGGACAGCCUUCGUUUCGUUA